AUCUAUUUCCUGCAAUCAUGUUUAUCAUUUUACGUUCUUCUUGAACCUCUCUGAUCCUUCAAAAAAUAAAAAAUAAAAAAGUAUUCUUCAAGCUCCGGAGCUGAGAAAUGGCAGAAGGCCAUGCCAUCGGGAUUGAUCUGGGGACAACAUAUUCUUGUGUAGCAGUGUGGCAGGACGAUCAUGCAGAAAUCAUAGCAAACGACCACGGUAACAGGACGACUCGAUCAUAUGUUACAUUCACUGAAAGUAAGAGGUUGGUAGGUGAUGAAGCUUUUAACCAAGUCGGGAGAUUCCCCGCCAACUCAAUCUUUGAUGCAAAGCGGCUAAUUGGUAGGAAGUUCAGCGAGGACUCUGUUCAAAAAGAUAAGAAGCUUUGGCCAUUCAAGGUCAUAGAAGGUCCUGCUGACAAGCCAAUGAUUGCGGUUACCCACAGGGGUGAAGAGAAAAAAUUUUUUGCUGAAGAUAUCUCAUCCAUGGUUCUAGCAAAGAUGCGGGAGAUUGCCGAGUCCUACCUCUGCUCAAAGAUAAGUGAAAAAAAUGCAGUUAUCACCGUCCCCUCUUACUUCAACGAUUCGCAGCGUCAGGCUACAAUAGAGGCUGGUAAAUUGGCCGGCUUAAAGGUGUUGCGCAUUCUCAAUGAACCAACUGCUGCAGCCGUCGCUUAUGGCAUUGACAAGAAAGCCGGUUGGUUUAAUAAGAGAAAUGUGAUUAUAUUUGAUUGGGGUGGCGGUACUUUAGACGUGUCACUGCUUACCAUAGGUCAUGGCGCUUUUGAUGUGAAGUCCACUGCUGGAGACACUCACCUUGGAGGUGAAGACUUGGACAACAGAAUGGUGAAUUACUGUGUCGAGGAAUUCAAGAGAAAGCAAAACGUGGACAUUUGUGGAGACGCCAAAGCUCUUCGGAAGGCCAAAACUGCCUGUGAGAAGGCAAAGAAGGCACUUUCGUUUUCCUUUGACACUGAUAUUGAAAUCGAUUCUUGGUAUAAGGGUGAAGAUUUUCACACAAACUUUACCCGUGACCUAUUUGAAGAAAUGAACAUGGAUAUCUUCAACAAGUGCAUGGAGCCUGUGAAAAAGUGUUUGGAAGAUGCCAAAAUGGAUAUAAGCAAUGUUGAUGACGUCGUUCUUGUUGGUGGAUCUUCUAGAAUUCCCAAGGUGCAAGAGAUAUUACAGGAGGUUUUCAAGGGAAAGGAGCUGUGUAAGAGCAUAAAUCCGGAUGAGGCCGUGGCUUAUGGAGCCGCUGUUCAAGCUGCAGUCUUGAGUGGAAAUAUAGCUGGGAAGCUUCGAGACUUCUCACUGUCGGAUGUCAUCCCUAUGUCACUUGGAAUUGAAUCGGGUUAUGAAAGUUACAUGAGUGUUGUGAUUCCAAGAAACACCAAAAUUCCCACUAAGAAUAACAAAAUUUUCACAACUCUUUAUGACAACCAAACUGCUAUCUCCUUCCCAGUGUUUGAGGGUGAGUGUGAAUUCACCAAAGGUAAUAAUCAUUUGGGUGGAUUUAUCAUCCCUGACAUUCCUCCAGCUCGUAAGGGAGCUGUUGAAGCAGAUGUUUGUUUUUCUAUUGAUGCAAAUGGUGUCCUGACUGUUUCCGCUGAGAUCUUGUGCACGGGCCAAAAAAAAGCGAUCACAAUCCACAAUGACAGGUGAGCUCAAGUGUUCGCCAACAGAUUGUGUUGUUUUGAGGAGGGAGGCAAUGGUUGGGCACUAUCCCUUUUGCUGGCCGUUCGGCCCUGCGUGCAUUGUUCUGUCAUGCGGUUUUUUAUCCUAGAAAAGAUUUGUGUGGGUUUAUUCUUGUUUGUUGUGUGGCUUUAUUCUUGUUUGUUGUACUUUGCUUGAUUACUAUAUACACUGAUGAAAUAAAUUAUACAUGUUUCUGUGUUCUAUCA